AUCCAUUGGGGGUGUUCGCGCAGUAACGCAAACCUAGCUAACUACGCCAUUUGCCACAAAAGGGAGAAAAGUAUACGGCCCAUCAUUUUUACAGUGGCGGGCGACAGUCUGUCUCAGAUUGCAGCAGCAUAAAUCUGUAUGGCGAGGUAGCUAGUCAGCAUUUGCUAAUGCUGGGCUAGGAAAAUAUUUGGCUAUUGACGUCGUUAGCUAACUGAUCUACAGAAGCAGGACACUUGUGACAUAUUGAGGACAGUAUUACUGGUAACAUACCUUUAACGUUUCACUGAAAGUUCUUUGUAGCGUCUGACAAUUUUGCCAGAAAUGACAAAUUAUUCGUAGGCCGUACAAUAUAUUCCUUCAUCUCCGCAGCCUCGUUCUGUCGAAGCUCUGGCGCGGCGGGUUUUCCACAAGAUCCACACCAGGGCCAACGAAUUCAGAGCUUUUGUGUCGUUCGAAAUGACCGCACUACAUUUCUAAUAUUCUAUUUAGCCCAGAGGGGUAACUUAGUUAACACCCUGUCAAUGUGUGAUAGCUAGGCCAAGGCCAUUCUCCUACCGUUUAAAAAGGCGAGAAUAUUUGGAAUAAAACGUUAGCUAGCUAACUGGCUAGCCUCAGAGAUCCUGCCCAGGCACGGGAACAUGAAUGAUCCAAGUUUUAAUUGGCAUGCUCACAACAUAUACCCGGAACCUGCAACGAAUAGCGUUUAUCUUUCGUCAUUGAGUAUAACUAUGCAUUACAGUAAUACACUUGUGAAUUUUCACAAAUAAUGUUAUUUGAUUUUAAGUAAGGGUGUGUGGCUGCCUUGCUAUGCUAUCUAGAAGAUCAUGCUGCUAUAAAGGGAGGAUGUUUCAAAUAAUCACUUCUGACAAACAAUCACAUUGAAUUUGAAAUACUCCACAUAAGUAGCUAGUUAAAUGAUACUAACAUUAAGUAAAUUAUGAUUAAAUAUAGGCUACUGUCAAAAUUACUUCUGUACGAUAUGUCACUGAAUAUGGAACCUAUUUGAACGUUCUUGUUUCAGGGGGACAUAAAUUACCCACAACAACUUUGUUUUUAUCGGAAGAAUAUCGCAAGCCAUUCGUUAGUCAACGUUUCUGUAACUUCACUGUGCACAUUUCUUUUUAAAAUGUAUUUUAGACACGAAUCAAGAAACUUGAUAUAAAGAUUGAUGUAUGAGCUUUAGUUAGAAGAAUGUUAGUCAGUUAUAGUAGCAGCUCUGAAGAGGAGACAGAACAUUUACGAUUAGGAGGGGAUGUAACAAAAAGGAAGCAACGUUGGCACAAAGAUGACAACUCAUUGAGGAAGAAGCGCAAAUCAGAAGAGCACACCCUCAAUGCAAGUGUAUCUGUGCAUAGGGAGGAAGACGACUCCAAGUCAAGACUGCCUGUUCCUGGCAGUGUGCUGGACAUGUUCACAGAGGAAGAUGAGGACCCACUGACUGACGACAGCAUGCAACAUGGUGGACGGAUUCGCUCCUUCAAACACGAGAGAGGAAACUGGGCCACUUACGUGUACUUUCCAUACAUCCCAGAGGAAGGGUUCUUGGAGCUGCUUGAUGAGAUGACUGAAGUAGCAGCAUCCCAUAGCUUCUCUCUCACUCAUACAGAUGAGUUUCACCUCAGUUUAUCUAAGACAGUGGUUCUGAGGCAUCACUGGAUCCAGCCUUUCAUACAGUCCCUCAGAACAGGCUUGACACAUAGCAGGAGGUUCAUUUGUUCAGCUGAGAAGCUGAAGGUCUACUCUAAUGAUGAGAGAACCAGGACGUUCCUGGCUAUGGAAGUCUCCACAGGACAGGCUCAGCUACUAGAGCUUGUGAAAGCAGUGGACAGCACUAUGGAGGAGUUCAACCUUGACACUUUUUACAAGAAUCCUUCCUUCCAUAUAAGUCUGGCCUGGUGUGCUGGUGACUGCACUGAACACAUUCGCAAAGAGUGUCUGCAGGAGUUGCAGGGUCUGGUUGACUCCCAUGAGGAUGGACCCUUCCUCUUGAGACUGGACUGUCAAGAGCUGCGCUGUAAGGCUGGGAACAAGACCUUUUCCAUUCCACUACACUGACGAAACCAGUUCUCAUUCAGUCUGAUCAACUGUAAUGUUAGGAUACCUCAACAGUAAAAUGUGACAAUCAAAAGUA